CCCUAAUUGGAAUAAUGGAAACCGGAGACUUCAUAAUUUGCACAACGCAGUGACAUCAACCCCUGCCUUCAAACUGACCACUCAACGCGGUCUCACGAAGCAAGCGCGCCGUGGCUGUCCAUCAUCGCGUCACCUUGCACUCUUUCUUCAACACCACCACUCAAAAGCACGACAAUCAAACAGCACAACACCACAACCCCACAACCACCGCAAAGAUGGGUAUCAAGCAGCUCUUCCAGAUCAUCAGGGAGGAAUGCCCCAAUGCCUACAAAGAAAGCGAGAUCAAGGCGCAAUUCGGUAGGAAAGUAGCCAUUGAUGCGUCUAUGAGUAUCUACAGUUUCCUCAUCGCAGUCCGCUCCGGCGGCGAGAUGCUCACCAACGAAGACGGCGAAACCACAUCCCACUUGAUGGGCAUGUUCUACCGCACCCUCCGCAUCGUCGACAACGGCAUCAAACCCGUCUACGUCUUCGACGGCGCCCCUCCCAAACUCAAGUCCGGUGAACUCGCCAAGCGAUUCCAGCGCAAAGCCGAAGCCACUGAAGGUCUGGAGGAGGCAAAGGAGACGGGUACCGCGGAGGAUGUAGAGAAGUUUUCGCGUCGGACGGUCAGGGUUACGAGGGAGCAUAAUGCUGAGUGUCAGCGUCUAUUGAAGUUGAUGGGUGUACCAUAUAUUAUUGCGCCGACGGAGGCAGAGGCUCAGUGUGCGGUCCUGGCGAGAGCGGGAAAGGUGUAUGCGGCUGCGAGUGAGGAUAUGGAUACAUUGUGUUUUGAUUCGCCAGUCUUGUUGCGCCAUCUUACGUUUGCUGAGCAGCGGAAGGAGCCUAUCCAGGAGAUUUUCUUGGAUAGAGUUCUUGAAGGUCUGAAUAUGGAGCGCAAGCAGUUCGUUGACCUCUGUAUCCUCCUCGGCUGCGAUUACCUCGACCCCAUCCCCAAAGUCGGUCCCAACACAGCUUUGAAACUCAUCCGCGAAUACGGUACCCUUGAGAAAUUCGUCGAAGCAGUCAAAGCCGGCAAAACCAAGUUUACCCUCCCAGAAGACUGGCCCUUCGCCGACGCCCGCGAGCUCUUCUUCAACCCCGACGUCCGCCCUGCCGACCACGAAGAGUGCGAUUUCAAAUGGGAAGCCCCCGACGUCGAAGGCCUGGUCCAAUUCCUCGUCACCGAGAAAGGCUUUUCAGAAGACAGAGUCCGCUCUGCGGCGCAGAAACUCACCAAGAAUCUGAAGACGGGACAGCAGGCUAGAUUAGAGGGUUUCUUUAAGGUCAUUCCCAAGACGGCGGAGGAGUUGAAGACGCUGAAGAGGAAGAAUGAGGAGAAGAAUGAGGAGAAGAAGAAGAAGAUCAAGGAGGAGAAGAAGGAGAAGGCCAAGGCGAAGGCGAAACCUAGAGGUACUGCGUGAGAGUGCGAAUGUGGUUAUGAAUGGCGGAAAGGAUUGUUUGCAUUGCUAUGGAGCACUAGGAACGGCGGUAUGGAGUUUUGGGCGCAUGAGAUGAGUAAAUGGACUUUGCUGGUAUGGAAGUCGGAUGAGGGAAGUACACUACUUCUUAUGUGUAUUUAUGCUACGUUAUGAUUUGCUCAGAAGCUACAUGCCACGGCAUCUGUUUUCUCAAAAUGAUGAAUCAACCUAUCAAACAUGUCGCUGAAUUGGAAUUCGUCUGUCUACC